GCCGGCUCCCUGCGCUUUAAAACACCGACAUGGAUGCCCUCAAGUCGGCCGGGAGAGCCAUUAUCCGGAGCCCGAGCCUGGCGAAACAGUCCUGGACAGCGGGCAGGCACAGAAAGCUUCCAGAGAACUGGACUGACACACGGGAGACGAUCUUAGAGGGCAUGACCUUUAACCUUCGUCACCUUGGCAUGACACUAGUGGACCAGCCCAAGGGAGAGGAUCUAUCAACUGCUGCUGUAAAAAGGAUUGUUGCCACGGCUAAGGCCAGUGGGAAGAAGCCUCAGAAGGUUGCUCUUAAGGUUUCCCCUCAGGGAAUAGUGCUGUACGACAGCUUGACCAAUAAACUCCUGGAAAAUGUCUCCAUAUACAGAAUAUCCUACUGCACAGUAGACAAACUGCAUGAUAAAGUGUUUGCUUAUAUUGCUCAAAACACCCUCAACGGGACCUUGGAGUGCCACGCCUACCUCUGCUCCAAGAGGAAAGUGGCUCAGGCAGUGGCUUUGACAGUAGCUCAGGCCUUUACAGUAGCUUUUGAACUCUGGCAAGUGGCCAAAGAAGAAAAAGGGAAGAGAGUGAAGUCCGGGUCAGCUGGAGAAGCCAGCAGUAGUUGGCAUUCAGAGAGGUCUGACAGCCUGGGGAGCCUGAAAGGGACAGAUGUUGCCACAGACAACCUAUUGGACUUUGAGGACGGUGUGAAUGUUGUACUGGAGACCAAUGGGAAUGUAGAGGAGGAUCAUUUGGACAACCACAGGGCCUCUGAGACCAAUAACAACCCCGCCUGGGAAAUAGAAGAUGGUCUGGAUGAAGCCUUCUCCAGACUGGCAGUGUCGCGUACUAACCCCCAGGUCCUGGACAUUGGGGUGACGCCCCAAGACUGGCUCACUGAACCCGACUGGGACAGCACCAAUGGAAACGCUCCCUGCAGUCUCAGCCCAUUCGGGGAUGAUAUCUUCGGCUUCUGACCACCACGACACAGCACAGAGAGAGAGAGAGAGAACAGCUAAGGGGAGGAGGGGUGUCUUUAUGUCUUCCUAUGAAUUAACACGGUAUCACUGUCACUGUGCAUUUAAGAUGAGGAUACAGUAAAUCCAUAAGGGAAUAAGUGUAGAACUGUGAGAUUACAUUUGGCCACUUCACCUUGUAGUUGCCUUCUUCACAUGGACAAUUCUUCCCUUCUUUGUUGAAACAGCAUGGGCUGCUGCCCCUGCACACCAAAGCAAUAAUAUCUUCUUUUGAGGUUACAGUUUCUCCUUUUUAAUACACAGCAAACAUCCUUACAAACGUGUGUGUGUGUGUGUGUGUGUGUGUGUGUGUGUGUGUGUGUUCA